AUGACUAUACCUCCAGGUGUUUCUACUUCAAAGCCUAACCAAGUUUGUAAGCUAUUAUACGGUUUUAAACAGGCUAGUAGAAAAUGGUAUGAAAAAUUCACUGGUCUGCUCAUCACCAAUGGAUAUCAACAAGCAACUUUUGAAGCUUCCUUGUUCACUAAGAAAGCUUCUGACAGUUUUACUAUACUCCUCGUUUAUGUUGAUGACAUAAUUCUUGCUGGUGACUCUCUUACUGAGAUUACUUUCAUCAAUAAUGUAUUGAAUCAAGCCUUCAAAAUCAAAGAUCUUGGUACCCUCAAAUAUUUUUUAGGACUUGAAGUUGCUCAUUCUCAGAGUGGUAUUUCUCUAUGUCAGAGAAAGUAUUGUUUGGAUUUACUGCAAGAUUCAGGUUUCCUUGGUUCUAAACCAGUCACUACACCUGACCCAUCUAUUAAGUUACAUAAUGAUAGUCCAAAUGUAUUCACUGAUGUUUAUGCUUAUAGAAGGUUGAUAGGAAGAUUGAUUUAUCGGAACUUCAUAACUCAACAGCUAAGUAAAUUUUUGAGUAAACCUACUCAAACUCAUUACAAUGUUGCUCUAAGGGUUCUUAAGUAUCUUAAGGGUUCCCCAGGUCGUGGUAUUUUGUCCCCUAGAGAUUCAGGUUUACAUAUUCAAGUCUAUACUGAUGUUGACUGGGCAGGGUGUAAGGAUACUAGGUGUUCUAUAUCAGGACAUUGCUUCUUUCUGGGACAAUCCCUUAUAUCUUGGAGAACAAAGAAGCAACCUAUUGUAUCCAGAUCUUCUUUUGAGGCUGAGUAUAGGGCCAUGGCUUCUGCUACCUGUGAACUUCAAAGGCUGCUCUAUUUACUCACGGAUCUUCAUGUUUAG